CUGCACUAGCGCGGGCUGAUCUGCGGCUUCCCGUUGAAGAAGCGGGCAAGCUGACAGGAGAAAAAGCAAGUGUAAGGGACCGCGCCCAAACGGACGGAAUGGGCUGCUGGCGGAGAGGGUCGCUGCUCUGUCUAUUGCAAUUAGCACGGGCUGGAGGCAGCAGCAGUGGAUCACUGGACAUGAUGAACCCCCGGAAGGGAUUUCCCGUCUGCCGGGGCGAGCUUCUCCCAGAGUUUGACCCUCUGGCGCGCGCUCGAAACGAAACGCGAGAGGACCGACCCCGGCAACGCAAAGCAACACACCCAAAGCAACCCAACAAGCGCAGCGGUCAUCACUCUGUGCUGAUUUGUGCCGACAUUCUUUUGUGCUGCCCACAGGGCCAACCCGAAAUUCGUUACUUGGGGUGGUCUCGCCGUUUGAUUCUUCUUCUUCUUCUAUUCUUUCAGCAGCUACUUUCUUUGGUCUUCAUCGAUCCCAUCGCCGACUCAUCGUGGGCAUAUCGUGGGCAUGAUCUUCCUCGCUUGAGACUCGGCACCCACUCACAUACCCGCUCGUCUGCUGCUUAGAAAAGCUCCGAGGACCUCCUCGCUUGAGCUCUUGCUCCAGGACACUCAAGCUGCUGCCAGUAGUCCGAUCUUCCCUCACUUUAGCUCCCGAUCAGACCUCGCACCUCAACGGCCCGUUGGGCGGUCUGCCCGUUGCCGAGAUGGACGAGAGACGCCAGUCUAAAAUCCCGAGCGCCCUUCCGCGGCCUACGUCACGACUACCACAACCACGCUCGGCCGCGCCCUCGAUCCGUCCGUCUGCAUCCCGCGAACAGCUAAAUGCUGGUGGCAGCGAGCUCCGCCUACCCAAGCCCCGGACGGCCGCCUCCCGCGAUAGACUCGGCAGCUCGAUUCCUCCUGCAGCACGCAAACAAGCACCAACACCAACAUAGCAACCGCCAAAGCCCCAGACCAGGUCUGUGUCUAGGCGGACCUCGUCGGUGCCUCCGAGCGCCGAGCCCUCUACCGAAUCGCCGGCCCCGGCCGCACAACAGACGGAUGUGCUGUUCAAGAGGAGGUUGACGCUUACGAGGCGUCCUUCUGAGGUCUUCAGCCACAGCCCCAUCACGCCGGCAAAGGAGAGGCAAGACCCGUGGAGUGCUCCUGUCCCAAUCGAGACAUUAGACCUUGAACAAAGAGCAGAAUCGAGGCCGUCUCUCUCGGAGAGAACCAUUGAGACAUUGUCUCAGCUGCCGUCCUCACCUGCCCUCAGCGGGAAAGCAUCGGCCUUCUUUGACACCGGGUCCAUACCACAAUCACCCUCGCGUCCCGGCAGCCGCGCCUCACGCGGGUCUGGUUCUCGGCCGAGCUCAAGCUACCAGAAAGAUGUACAGUCUCGGUCAACGUCAAGAGGGCCCAGCAGGCCGCCAUCAAGUUCCCGCCAGGACCACUCGUCGAUGCUCGCAAGGCCUUCGAGCGCCUUCAAGACGCCGCUUGCAACCAUCAGGGGAACACCUACCCAAGGCACACCUGUAGGGAUGAAGACGCUCCGCGCCUCUUCGUCCCAGUCUCGACUUACCGCCCCCAGCACUGAUAAACUGCGAGCCUCGGCCCGCGCAAUUCCCACACCGAGCUCGAAGAUGCCGCCACCAAUAGCAAGGUCAAGAACGCCGAGCCCGGAGAAGCAACCCGGACUUGCCGAGAACAGCAAACCCAUUGCCAAGACGCUGGCAGCCCGGCCUCUCAAACCGCGCCAAUCGGCUAGCAACCUUUUCAAGAAGCCGUCGGCGUCAGCGGCCGAGAAGCCAGCGGCCGCGGGAACGCCAACGGUGCGCAAGUCGUCUCUCGUCUCCCAAAAGUCAUCCAACACCUCUGGCGACGACGCUACCCAAUCGAGCUCCUCGCCCACGUCUACGGUGCUCACGGUCGACUCGAGCGAGUCGUCCAUGGCUGCGUCUAGGAAAUCGUCAGCCGCACUCCGAGAUCAGAUUGCCAAGGCCAAGGCGGCGAGGAGGGAAUCUGCCAAGCAGCAGAAAUUACUGCAGCAGCGGGAGGAGGAAGAAGAGGACGCAGAGGGUGGUGUAUCAGCGUCUGCUGGGCCGCUGUCUCAGCCUGUCAAGUCACCCCUUAUACCCACGGAUACCACCUUCGACUUUGGCCUCGCCGACCACCACACUUUCGGAAUUCCCGAUAAUCAGUUUGGCAUGGUAGACAUUCCCUUUGGCCAGCGGCGAAGCGAGACGGCAAAGGCUAGAGUGCUCGAUGCCCGAUUUGGGACGGCCCGCACCAGCGGCAGGCUGGACCUUGCAGCCCUCAGCCUGCGGGAGAUACCCCGCGAGGUUCUCAAGAUAUAUGACUUGGCUUCGAUCGGCACUCAAGACGGCUCCUGGGCUGAGAGCGUUGACCUGACUCGGUUCGUGGCCGCCGACAACGAGAUCGAGAUGAUCGACGACGUGAUAUUCCCCGAUCGGGACCCGCACGACUUCAACGACGACGAGGAAGGAUCCGGUGGCGUGUUCUAUGGCUUGGAGACGCUUGACUUGCAUGGAAACAUGCUCAUCUCUCUGCCCACUGGGCUCAGGCGUCUCCAGUGUCUGACAUCUGUGAACCUGUCCUCCAACCGGAUCACCAAUCCCUCCUCGCAGCUCAUCUCUGAGAUAACCUCGCUUCGUGAUCUCAAGCUCGGGGGAAAUCUCUUCUACGGCCCCCUGGACGCCUCCUUCUCCAAGCUGACCAACUUGGAGAUCCUUGACCUGCAUGGGAACAACAUCUCGGCUCUACCUACUGGGCUCGUGGCCCUCCAGAAGCUUCGGAUUCUCAACCUCAGCGAGAAUAGCUUCGAGGCUCUGCCAUUCAAGAUACUGUCCCAACUACCGCUCACGGAGAUCCUGGCGCGAAAGAACAAACUCAGCGGUGUUCUUGUUGACGAUUCUGUCGAGUCGUUGGAGAACCUCCAGAGCCUGGAUGUGUCAUCCAAUCAGUUGACACACCUGGUCUCUCCGGACAGGGCCAGUGUGCUUGCAAUGCCGUCGCUGCACCAGAUAUGCGUAUCUAUGAACAGACUAAAAUCGCUUCCCGACCUCAGCAAAUGCCCCAGCCUGCUCACGCUUACGGCGGAUGAGAACAGCAUCAGCGCUAUCCCCGAGGGGCUGAUCAGCCUCACCAGUCUCAGGCAUGUCGACUUGUCAAGCAACGACGUGCGAAUCAUACCGGCAGAGAUUGCUCGCAUGGUCAACCUGGCAAUGAUUAGACUGAGUGGCAACCCUCUUCGUGACAAGAAGUUCUGCUCAAUCUCGACUGAGGAACUCAAGGAAAUUCUGGCCUCUCGUCUGGCGCCCACCGAGGAGGAGAUGGAGGAGGAGUUGGAUGACAUAGCUUUCCCCAUGCGUGGAGACAUGCACAAGGAGGCGGCGCGUGCGAAAUCGUCGGUGGUUAAGACUGGCGAUGAUUUUGACGACAGUCGUUGCUCGGACGAGGACUUUGCCACACCUCCCACGUCGGCCCCGCACUCUCCGGCACGCUCUCGGUCACACACGCUGUCUAAGGAAAGCUGGGUGGUCAAGCCUGGCGGCGUUCUCGACCGAUCCAAGACGGAAUCCUCGUCUCUCCACCCUGUCCUGUGCUCUCGCGCGUCGUCGGAGCACCGCAUCCGAGAGGUUCAGCUUCACCACAACCUGUUCUCAGUCAUGCCCGAGUCUCUGUCAUUUUUUGCCGAGACACUGACGUCUCUGUCCCUGUCUCACAACCAGCUGACGGGAGAGUCGUAUAUGGGGGAUUCCGGCAGCGGAAUGAAGCUGGAGCUGCUCGCGCUGCGGGAGCUCAACCUGUGCGCAAACCACAUCACGAGCCUGGUGCCGCUGAUUAACAAUCUCAUCAGCCCGGCCCUCCAGAAGCUGGACGUGAGCGCCAACCGCAUCUCGGCGCUGCCGCCCGGCACUCAGCUCAGGGAUGCGUUUCCGGACUUGACGGUCCUCCUCGUGUCUAACAACCACCUGGUGGACCUCGAGCCCGAUAGCAUCAAGGGCAUGCGGGUGGUGGACGCUUCCAACAACGAUAUCGCCCACUUGAACCCUCGCAUCGGCCUCCUGGGCGGCACCGGCAGCAACGGCGCGGCCGUAGGCCUCGAGAAGCUGGACGUCAUGGGCAACCGGUUUCGAGUGCCCAGGUUCAACGUGCUCGAGCGCGGCACCGAGUCGACGCUUAGGUUCCUGCGAGGGCGUAUCCCCGUGGCCGAGAUGGCGGCCUGGAAGGAGAACAACAAGGACAGUGGGGCGUCUCACUCGAGUGACGACGAGGUGGACUAAAAACAAAGAAAUAUCACGACUUGCAUACGUGUACUAAGAGGGGCAUCACGACAACAAUCUUUGAUAAACAAGCGGAUACAGCACAAUGCCUGUUUACUCUAAUGGGCCACCAUCCGCCUCUGUAUCGACAUUUCCCCCAUGGGGAUCAACUGCAAACAAACCCUUUCGACAUGGCUCGAGAGCCAAGAGCCAGAGGCACCGUCGAUAUUGUAUAAUUUUUACUCGUUAGUGUAUGUAUCUGGCAUCAAGGGCAGCAUCAGGAGGGGCGGGACAGGCGCAAUUGAGACAGCAGGUGGCCAGGGAAAAGAUUUCUGUCAGUCAGCUGGGGCUGCAUGACAUGGUCCUUGCCAAACACACCCUGGGUUUGCCUGCUUUGUUUUCCCUCUUCCUCGAAGACUAUUUUUAUGGGUGUUAUUACUUAGUUAUUCUGCUUGUAUGCCUCACGUUGUGACUGCAUUGGAAGUGAUGAUGCUCAUUGGAGGUAUCGUGUCUUGCAGGAGGAGGAGGAGGCGCGUUUGAUACGAAAACAAUUACAUUUUUUAAUACUCGACAAUGCUGAGUUUGUGGAUAACUAUCUGAACACUCGUUUGGCCACG